AUGGGCUUUGUAACAACCAGUACACCGAGUUCCAAAAUACGCUCUGUGAUGAAGGCAUGGCUUGCCUCUGCUGUCUGGUUUGCAUUCUUCCUACUGCGCCGUGCUGGAUACUGCCUGCUUGUUUCCUUCUCCCUCAAGAGAGUUGAUGCUGUGCUGGUUUUUUAUUACCUUCUGUUUGUUUUUCCAGGCUGCAGACUCUUGGCUGUGGAGCUGACAUCCAGCAACACCAAGCCCGUGGUGCAGGAAUUCCAGAGUGUUGAGCUGUCCUGCAUCAUUAAAUCCACCGUAACACCAGAUCCCAGAAUCGAGUGGAAGAAAAUCCGAGAUGGCGAAACCUCCUAUGUAUUUUUUGACAAUAAAAUGCAGGGAGACUUUGCAACUCGUGCAGAAAUUCUGAGCCGGACAUCGCUGGUGAUUAAAAACACCACCCGGAUGGACACUGCCACAUACCGCUGCGAAGUGGCAGCACCUUCUGAUACUAAAACCAUAGAUGAGAUAAAUAUCCAGCUCACAGUCCAAGUGAAACCUAUGACUCCUAGAUGCACUGUGCCUAAAGCUGUACCUGUUGGCAAGACAGCCUCUCUUCACUGCCACGAGAACGAAGGUUACCCAAAGUCCACUUACAGCUGGUACCGCAACAGUGAACCUUUAUCACCAGACACAAAAUCGAAUUCCAAAUUCCAGAAUUCCUCCUACACCUUGAACCCCACCACAGGCACUCUGGUUUUCCAUGCUGUGCACAAAGGCGACACAGGCCGUUACUCCUGCAUAGCAACAAACGAUGCUGGCUUUGCCAAGUGUGAGGAGCAGGAGAUGGAAGUCUAUGACCUCAAUAUUGGUGGGAUAAUUGGUGGAGUCCUGGUGGUCCUAGCAGUUUUGGUGCUCAUCACUCUUGGUAUCUGCUGCGCCUACAGAAGGGGUUACUUUGCAAACAGCAAAGAAAGCGGGGAAAGCUACAAGACUCCAGCAAAACCUGAUGGUGUUAACUACAUCCGGACAGAUGAUGAGGGUGACUUCAGACACAAGUCUUCGUUUGUCAUAUAAGACGCCAAAAGAAUAUUGCAAACCAGCAAAAGCAAGUGUGAGAAUACCUCCUCCAGGAACUCAGUGCGAGAGCAAAAUACGAAUUAAGUGCGCUUGGAAGAGUUUGGAACACACAAGAACUUGAUAGCUAGCUAUCGGUAUAUCUUCUUUUUCUUUGCCAAAGUUUAAAGUAACUCCUCACUGCCCAACUUGCAUCUCCCCUGCCUCCGGAGAUACCAACAGGAUCACCUAAACCUGUCCUUGGACUAAGGAAGUGUUGUGAUGCUUCCCAGGAGACUGGGCUGUGGAAGUUUGUGGAAUUGCCUUCUAUUUGUGCUGCAGGGACACAGCCACAAUGUGCAAACCAACCAGGGGAACAGCGUUAGGUAAACGUGUAGUAGACGUUACUAGUACAUAUUACUAGUAGACAAAAAAAGGUGCUGAUACGGCAAUAGAUGGACUUCAAAGAAUAAGAUUUAUCCAUGCAAAGGGGAGUCUUCCUCUCAGCAGCUUGUUGCCCAGGCCUGGCUGGUGACUUCUACACAUUUGUGAUUGUCUUGCGCUUUUGACUCUG